GACUGGACACAGUUCUGAACUACCCCGAGUGCUCGGAGAAGUUGGAACACCAGCGGCUUUUCCGGAAGCAAUGUUCCCGGUUUACACUGGAGAUGUCGAGGCUUCUUCCUGUGCAAGAGUUCGCAGACUACCGGGCCACCUGCAAAAAGCAUUCGGAGACCCAGGCCUUCCAAAAGAUGCAGCGCAUUCACCAGCGCUUGACAAAGAUGGGGAGGUGCGAUCUCCUGGCGAAAGCCCUUCGAAAUUCCCUGUCUGCAGAGAAGCUGGCGGAGCUUGCAGAACAGAAUGGUUGGGCAACUGCGUCAAAUUUGGGGCCCAGAAAGCGUGCAAUGAGGUGCGAAUGGGGAGGCUGGUUCACAAGUCCGUCUUCCUGGACAGUUUGCUCGUGGGACUUCUGUUCCCGACCCAGUGAUGGUGAACAUCUCUGUUGA